AUGAAGUUCGGCAGAAACUUGCCACGCAACCAAGUCCCAGAAUGGGCAUCAUUCUAUAUCAACUAUAAAGCCUUGAAGAAGCUCAUCAAGGCUGCUUCGGAAACAGUCAAGGCGGGUGGGCAGGUUGAUCUCGCAGAGUUUUUCUUUGUCUUGGACCGGAAUUUGGAGGAUGUAGAUUCGUUUUACAACAAAAAGUUCGCCGAGUCCGUUCGCCGCCUGAACCUGCUGCACGAUCGAUAUGGUCGCGGCUCCGAAUUCGUCGCAAGCCUCGACCAAGAUGAAAUCGAGGAGCUCAUGGGUGCACUUCUUGAGCUCCGCAGUCAGUUAAGGAACCUCCAAUGGUUCGGUGAAAUCAACCGCCGUGGCUUUGUGAAGAUUACGAAGAAGCUCGACAAGAAGGUCCCCGAGACAUCAACUCAGCAUCGUUACAUUUCAACCAAAGUUGACGUCAAGCCGUUUGCCAAGGACACAAAUACUUCCCGGCUGCUUGGCGAGAUCAACAAAUGGCUUUCGGUCCUCGGCGACGCUCAGAACCUGGACGACUCCAAAUCAGACAGAUCCGUCCGAUCUCUUGGGCGAGCUUCUGCCAAGGCUAUGCUCACACUUCCCCAAGCUGUGUUGGACGGGCUCGACCAGGCCAUCCGGAAAGACGAUGUCACCGCCUUAGAGAAGGUUUUACAAGAAACAAAUAAGCCCAAGGAUCUUUCUUCCCAGAAUCUCCUUUUGAACCUUCUCCAGCGUUCAAUUUCAGCAAGGUCCCGAAACACCAUUGCCCAUCUCAUCAAGCACAUUCAGACACUAGACGAACCCGAAGAUAUCAACGGACGCAACUGCAUUCACAGGCUCGUCAUCCAUUUUGGCCGGACCAAAGCGCCUUCACCUGAGAAAGAGCCCAGCGUGUAUCCGUUCCCCGUCGGGACACAAUUCACAUCUCAGUAUAUGCAUCCAGCGACCUCUCCAGGCCCCAUCGCUCGAAUGCUGAAUCAGGACGAAGGCAAGCUGUUGGCCAAAGACGAUGAAGCGGUUCAGCUCUUGAUAUAUCUGCUGGACCAGCUUAGUCCCGAACAGAGGCCUGCUCUGAGCGCAAAGGACUCAUUUGGCAGGAUCCCACUCCACUACGCCGCUCAUUUUGGCUUCGUCGUCCUGUGCCAGGUCAUCAUGGCCAAGAUGCAAGAAUGGGGCCAGUUCAGUGUCGAGGAUGGCAUCGAUGCGCCCCAAUGGCAGGACAAGGACGGCUUUGCCCCCCUGCACCUCAGCGUCAUCGGCGGGCAUCCUCUCACGACCGAGGCCUUGCUUCGAGGCGAAGACUGGGACGGGUUUCACAAGAAGAAGCUGGAAAUGAGAAAACACGUCGCAAAGUCCGGGGCUGUCCUGGCUUUGGCCACUAAAGCCAACUAUGAAAUCAUUGUGCAGAUGCUGGUGGAUGCCGGCGUCGAUGUGAACUGGCGCGACACGGCCGGGGAAACAGCAUUGCACGUUGCUGCGCGGUAUGGGCAUGCUGGCUGCGCCGAAGUCCUCCUCCGGGGAACGGACGAGAUGAAGGCUGAUGUUGACAUUGCCGAGAGUGUGUACUCUUGGACGCCGUUGCAUGUCGCUGCUGUGGAUGGUCACCUCCCUGUCGUUCAGUUGCUCGUGAAUGCAGGAGCCGAUGUGAGCAGGCCCGAUUCUUCUGGCUGGACCGCGAGAGAGCACGCUGCUCUGCGGGGACACCUCCUGAUUGCCCGGCUCCUCGCGACAUUAGACAAUGUCAGCUCGUCGGCAUCGAGUGUGGCCGCCCGGUCUGUGGCCAGUGAGAGCCGUGGCAGCAGCUCGCCACCAGCCUCUCCCGAGACUUCGUCUAUCGACGGACGCACGUCAAAUGGAUCCGUCCGCUCUGCAGAGCCCGUCAAAACCUUUGGCCAUCGAUACUUGACGAAGGAGAGCCUGGUCCUAGUCAGCCUGGGCUCCAUGGACAUGCGCAAGAACAUUGAAGCUGUCAAGCUCGACCGAGUUCCCCUGACUGAGGCCCAUCUAACGGAGCUCGACACCGCUCUCUCUGCUGUCGUCUCGGCCUCUGGAGCUCAUGGAGAGCCGACCACCAUCGACCUGCCGGUUCACGACAAUAUCUCUACCGAGCCGAUUGUGUUCACAACCCCUGACGUCACCCGGGUCAAACUGCUGUUCGACAUUGUGCCGACAUACUCGGGUAAUGAAAAGAACAAGAUUGGCCGAGCGGUGGCCCUCCUUUCCGCAGUAAAACCACCUAUAGGCACAAAACGCAUGAACCUGCAGGGCGACGUCUGCGUGCCGAUCAUGGGAGGUAAUCUGGAAGUGAUUGGCACGGUCAACUUCAACUUCCUGGUUAUCACGCCCUUCUCCCAUCCCAAAAUGGAGAUCAACUCGCAGCAGACAUACUGGAAGAAACUGGCUUCGACCAUGGUUAUCGGCCACCGCGGUAUGGGCAAGAACUUGACGUCGAACAGGUCACUGCAGCUCGGCGAGAACACUGUCCCGUCCUUCAUCGCCGCAGCAAAUUUGGGAGCACAGUACGUCGAGUUCGAUGUACAGCUGACCAAAGAUCAUGUCCCUGUCAUUUAUCACGACUUCCUCGUCAGUGAGACGGGUAUUGAUGCUCCCGUCCAUACGCUUACUCUGGAACAAUUCUUGCACAUCAACCCCGACUCGAAGCGGAAUCCUGUUAGCGAAGUGGCUAAUGAUGUUGCCAAAAGGGCCGUCAUGAAUGGCGCAGGGUCUGGAGGAGCCCGGCAACGUUCAUUAUCGCUGGGGUUCGCAGGAAUGCGUUCGGACGGGCUCGACGAGCGGAUGAAGCAUACGCGCGACUUCAAGGUGAAGGGGUACAAAGCCAACUCACGGGGAAACUUCAUCCAGGCUCCAUUUGCGACACUCGAAGACCUGUUUCGUCAGCUGCCUGAGAACAUUGGCUUCAACAUUGAAAUGAAGUAUCCCAUGUUACACGAGAGCGAGGAGCACGAGAUGGACACGUAUGCCGUCGAGCUCAACUCAUUCUGCGAUACUGUCCUGUCCAAGGUCUACGACCUUGCGGGGAACCGGCAUAUCAUCUUCAGCUCUUUCAACCCCGACAUUUGUCUCUGUCUCAGCUUCAAACAGCCAUCAAUUCCCAUCAUGUUCCUCACGGAUGCAGGAUCAAGCCCGGUAGCCGACGUGCGAGCGUCUUCGCUACAGGAAGCCAUUCGAUUCGCUAGUCGCUGGAAUCUCAUCGGAAUCGUGAGUACUGCAGAACCGUUCGUAAACAGCCCGCGGCUGGUCCGGGUUGUCAAGGAGAGCGGCCUGGUUUGCGUGAGCUACGGUGUUGCGAACAAUGACCCAAUCAAUGUUCAGCGCCAAGUGAAGGAGGGCAUCGAUGCUGUCAUUGUAGACAAUGUGUUGGCCAUCAGAAAGGGGCUGACAACUAAUGAUCCGGUGGGAUCGCAAAGUGAGCCUGUAACGGAAGAGAUGGCCGAGUCGAUGUCACUUUCGGCCUAG